UGACACACAUCAAUACGUCUUGCUUUGCUUAAUUAAUUACCCGGACGUGUGACGCUUGCCCCUCUUGUCAUCGUAUCCCACCGGAAGAAUGCUCGCUACCGGCGGAAGGCAGUCAGCUGAUGUGUUCUUCACUGUUGAUUGUGGAAGAUGUUGACUCGUUAACGGCGGGCGGUGUCUGUUUCCAUGCCAGCCAUAAUCAUUAACCUGUGUGCUGUACAAUCCAAUCACGGAGGCCCCGGUACUCUUCCCGCUGCGCGGAUAUACGGCGAUGGCUGCGCACAGCAAGCAGUAGCACCAGAAGCAACGCAAUCUGUGACAUUUGCGUGACAGACGCUCUUUACCCGCCGGCUAAGCAUUUAUCCCCUACUUAGCUUAAUUGCUCCCUCAUUGUCGGCCGUAGGAGAAGGCUGGCAUAUAAGCGCCACUCUACUACCGGUCCUUGUAGUCUCCACUCAGUCAGGUGAAAGCGCCCGUCCCAGUCGGUCUGCGCGCGUACCUUCCUGCUUCCUUUCCCUGAACCGGAAGCGGCAAGUGCUCCUUAACGAGCUUCACCGGCAGUAACCACAGCGCGCAUUUUUCCUGAUUGCAAUAACCAACCCGGCAUGCAUUUCGCCUUCAUUAUUUUCUGAAUCCCCACACGUACACGGUCAUCAUGGCCAAGAAACCGUUGCCCGGUCAGCUGCUCUUCACGCCGGAGGUCUCCUCCUACCAGCCGGAAUCCUUCACCAGCCAGCCACUGGCUAGCCACCUCGGACUGCUGGAUAAGAAGGAAGAUGUCCCGGUGUCCGGUCGGCGUUAUCGGCCGCUGCGUUGGCUGGUCAUGUUCUUCUCCGUCUCAUUCAUCCUCAUCGGUCUGUUGCUGGUGGGCGGGGCCGUGUAUACAAAACAGCGUUUUACCGGAAGCGCGGAAUUCCACUGGGCGGUGUGGUUGUCCCUGCUGUCCGGUGGGCUGCUAAUGCUCGCAGGCUUUGCCGGAAGCUUCGGUGUGGGCAUGCGCAGUUUCUGUGUGGUGGUCUCUACGGCGUUGUUUCUGGCCAUAAUUGUGGCCGCCUUCCUGACCACCACGCUCAUUAUUAAGGAUGAGAUGGUAAAUGCCUGUCAGGAAGUGGAGGUUGCGCUGCGGCUGGCCAUCGUCAACUACAAUCCCAACGAUAGAGCCACGACUUACGAUCUGGAUACCUAUCAACGCCGUUUCCGCUGUUGCGGAGCCAACUCACCCGCGGACUGGCUAGCCACCAGUUUCCAGAUGAUCCCCGACUCCUGUCCGCACCCCAUCGACCUCCGGCGCGGCUGCACUGUAGUGAUUACGGCUUACGUCAAAAAGAUGACCACCUACGUCAUCAUCGUUCUCGGUACGCUGACCGGCUAUCUUUUCUUGGGCUUUCUUGCCAUCGCCUUCCUGGCGUGGGUACAUUACCGCAGCCGUCUGUAAACCCAACACUAUGGCGCGAAAAAGAGAGAGUCAGCGGCGACGGAGGCCGACAACGAAGCUAAUUUGUUCCGUGUCUAAUGAUGCUUGCCUGCUAUUUUUACUCGUUGUAACCGCUGAGAAGGCAAAGGUCGCCGGCUUGUAGUGUCGCCUAUACUCGUUGUACGUGUACAUGCCAACAUAAAAGAGUCUUAUUGCACAAUAAAGCACACUUGUUCAACUUCUCCCACAAUGCUGGC